AGAUUGCUAAGGGUGGGACGAAGGAGUCUGACGUCUUCGUAGUUCCUCGUCCGAUUUCGCCUUGAUUUAGUUAUCAAUCAUUUCGAGGGACCGUAGAAGCUCAUAUUCUCGGUAACCAGUUUAAUUCGGUACAUAAUUUCACAAAACGGGGGAGGGUACAGGAAUCUGUGGGAGGUUUUUUUGUAAUAGUCAAAAUAGCUGAACCGGUUGAAACAACAGUUAUGGACGAAAAGGCGUUUACGAAGGAACUCGAUCAAUGGAUAGAGCAACUAAAUGAAUGCAAACAGCUCUCGGAAAGUCAAGUCAAGUCGUUGUGUGAAAAGGCAAAAGAGAUAUUGACCAAGGAAUCUAAUGUCCAGGAGGUACGAUGUCCAGUCACAGUAUGUGGCGAUGUCCAUGGCCAAUUUCAUGACCUCAUGGAGCUCUUCAGAAUCGGAGGGAAGUCACCAGACACAAACUACCUAUUCAUGGGAGACUACGUGGACCGAGGCUAUUACUCUGUGGAAACUGUCACACUCCUUGUAGCUCUUAAGGUUAGGUACCGGGAACGUAUAACAAUUCUUCGAGGGAACCACGAAAGCAGACAGAUUACACAAGUGUAUGGCUUUUAUGACGAGUGCCUAAGGAAAUAUGGCAAUGCCAAUGUUUGGAAAUACUUCACAGACCUCUUUGACUACCUUCCUCUCACUGCCUUGGUAGACGGUCAGAUAUUCUGUCUUCAUGGAGGACUCUCGCCAUCCAUAGACACAUUGGAUCACAUUCGAGCAUUGGACCGUUUACAAGAAGUUCCACAUGAGGGGCCCAUGUGUGACUUGCUGUGGUCAGAUCCCGAUGAUCGUGGGGGCUGGGGUAUUUCUCCCAGAGGUGCUGGCUACACCUUUGGGCAGGACAUAUCUGAAACAUUCAACCAUGCCAAUGGCCUUACUCUGGUGUCCAGAGCUCACCAACUUGUAAUGGAGGGGUACAACUGGUGUCAUGAUCGUAAUGUGGUAACAAUCUUCAGUGCACCCAAUUACUGCUAUCGAUGUGGUAACCAGGCGGCUAUCAUGGAGCUUGAUGACACCCUGAAGUAUUCCUUCUUGCAGUUUGACCCUGCGCCUCGCAGAGGAGAGCCUCAUGUGACUCGCCGCACUCCUGACUACUUCCUGUAAUCUCCUAACUCUGUAUAGUACAGUAUUGCCAUGAUUUUAAUAAACUACAUUCAGCUUGAAAACCGAUAGGAGGGACAAGGCAACCGUGGGAAGUGCAUUGCAUUCAGAUAUAAAACGAUUCAAGCAUCCAGAAAAAAAGUGCGUACAUGGACCAAAAGGUGUGCCAUAUUCAAAAUGAUAUUAAGUAGACUGUUCAGAUCAUGACUGUACGAUCAGAUUCCACUUAGCUCUUCUUGUUUUCUUUCUUUUCCAUCAGUCUUUAGUAGCAUUUAAGAGCACCCUGGUCUGUUUUACAAACCCUGCAAUGUUUUUUAUACAUAUAUUUGAAGAGUUUGCACUCUGCUUUUUUAUCUGGUGAAAAUGUAACCCCGAGUCAGAUGUCAAAUAUUUUCACUCAGUGAUCUGUUUUUUUUUUUUUUUCUUCUUCUUUUCUCCGGUUAGUCAUUUUUUAUACCCCAAAAAACACAACAGGACUCAACUCCAAUGAAUAAGAGACAUUAACUCGGUUAUGUUGAACUGACAGUCAUCAGGCUAUUGUGGAAGUGGUUCCAGUUAGUACUUUUGCUGGAGUCUAUGUUGAGGACACCAACUGAAUAAUAAAGGUGGAAGUAAAGAACAA